UGCCCCUGCCUAAUGAGGUCUGUCUCUUUUGCCUGCUCAGCUCAUCACCUCUCCCAGUCCCAGUUGAGUUGAGGGCUCAAAACACCACAGCAGUAGAGAACACAAUAGAAGAAUAUAACACAAGAGUCUUCCAUUCCACUCCUCAUCUUGUCUUUCUCCCACAUCACAAGUUUCUUUCUUUCUUCAGGCAAAACACAUCAGUCUUCUUGAGUAGGAAUUCAGUUCGUCAAUGGCAAUGGUGCUGCCUCCUUGCCCUUGCCCUUGAUAGAUUGAUAGACGAGCGAGUGGGGUAGUCCGUCAAUGGAUCAGCCGGUGCCCUCCAUCUGCGGCCUCCACCCGGGCAUCGCCGUCACCGGCUUCUGCUCCGCCUGCCUCCGCGAGCGACUCGCCGGCCUCCACCCCAGCGACCCCGCCGACUCGGCGGAGCUCCGCCGCUGCAAGUCCUUCUCCUACGCCCGCUCCGCCGCCGCCUACUUGGAGCCGCAGCGCCGCUCCUGCGACGCCCGCGGCGCCGCCGCCCUCUUCCACCAAGACCUCGCGGGGGAGGAGGAACAUCUUCCACCAACAACGGCGGCCCGGCCCAUGAAAGACCACAUCCACCAAGAGUCCUCCUCCAAGAAGACCGCCGGCACAUUCGGGGGGCUGGGCAAGAAAUGGCAGGAAUGGCGCCGCAAGAGCAAGCUCAAGAAGCAGGAGCAGGGGGGCAUCACCAGCAGCAGGGCCGCCAUGCCGCACGAGAAUCUCCGGCACCGCAGCUUCCGCGACACGCGCUCCGAGGUCGCCGUCGACGCGCUCGGCCGGCGCUCCGUCGAUGUGGACACCCUCCUCUCGAUGGACCCCGGCCGCAUCUCGGUGGAUGAGCCCCGAGCUUCUUGCGACGGCUACCACGGCGUACGGUUACGCAUUCCCCCGAUGCUGUCCCUGGUCGAGGAUGCGCCCAUCCCACGCUCUGAUGGCCAAAUCCCCGUGGAGGAAGACGAGGACACCGAGCCCGGCGGCUGCGCCCAGACAAGGGAUUACUACUUGGACUCCUCCAGCUCCAGCAGGAGGCGCCGGAGCGUGGACCGCUCGUCCUUCUCCAGCCGCAAGUCAUUCUCCGAUGCCAGUGAGCUGCCCAGGAUGAUGGCUGGUGCCACUGCCAAUGCCAAUGCCAAUGCCCGGGUUUCGCCGGCCAUUGGUGCCGAGUUCUAUCAGUACCACCACGCUCAGAGUCAGAGUGUUCUUGACCAUAACCAGCAGUGGGAGCAGGGACCGAAUUCUUAUUCUCUCCGGGAUGAUGAUAUGUCAGGGAGCAUUGAUCCGGCGGCAUUCCAGGAUGGCAUCCCUCUGCCGGCUAAGAAGUCUAAGAAGUGGAUCAAAGGGUGGAACAUCUGGGGUCUCAUACAUAAGAAGAGCAGCACCAAGGAAUCUGAAGCCACCAGUUUGGCCAACAGAUCAUUCUCAGAAAAGUGGCCGGAGCUCCGUGCAAGGGGAUACAAUGGGCAGAUGCUCAGGUGCAACAGCAGCGUAAGCGCAAGGAGCUCCUUCGGUAAUAGUGGAGCAGCAAUGGGCGGUGUGAGCGGGAGGAGGAGCAAUGUGGAAAUGCAUGUUAAUGGCUUAGGGAGGAUGAGGAAGGAGGAGGUUUUACUCGAGAGGAAUUUCAGUGCAAGGUACACGCCUUGCACGGUUGAUAAUGGUGCCAUCCCUUAUCCAGUCGGAGGUACCCAAUUCAACCGGCGAAAUCAGAAUGGGAUGCCCGGGAAAGGAAGGCCUGCUCGUUCAUCCAAUUUGCCUCGUAGCUCACUUGGAAUGUACUGAUGUAGCAGUGAUGAAGGCAGGUUUAUGUUCUUCUCCAUCUUCAUCCAAUGUGCCUUGGCUACAAUGUGCAUAGCUAUGGUAGUAGCGUCAUCAAAAUCAACUUUUUAUAGGCUCAGAAGAAAAGGUCGUCAGGUGAAGUGGUGAUGCUGUUGGAUUAUAUACCUUACUUAGUCUUAUUUCCUACUGGGCUUGGGAGUGGAGCAUAGCAUUUAACUUUACACCCUUGUAUAAGAUAUGCCAUAUGUAUGUUUGCUUUUCUCAAUUGAAUUCAAGUUAGCAUUCUGGCAAUAGCAAUAACAUGAUGUAGGGGCUAUGGAAUCAAAUGCCGAUAAUCUUAUUGGUGUUGUAAGAUGUUUUGGAUCUUGUUUGAGAUUGACAGCAAGAAAAUUGCAGGGUCCUUGUUACAGCCUA